AUGCCAACCCUCAAAUCCACCGCCGCUUUCCUCCUCCUCGCCCUCGCCCUAGACGCAGCAGCCCAGCCCACCACACAAAUCACCAUCGGCAACAACACCCACGACGAAAUCACCUGCGCCGUCUUCAACUGGGACCGUCAGCCCGUCUCCUGGGGCGAAUACCCGCCUCUCCGCGUCAGCGCAGCCUUCAGCUGCCCCAACACCACCACCACCACCACCACCGCCACUAACAACACCAACGCCUGCGAGAUCACGGGCACGGGGGGGUACAGCACCUACUACGCCGUGACGAAUUUGACCGGCCUCGCGGCGGGCCCACUGACGGCCCUGGUCCAGAAGACGGUCGACAAGAAACAACUGCAGACGAGCAAUUUCAGCGCCCAGGCGACGGUUUACAAUGGGGUUGGCCGCACGCCCCUCGCGCCGGGCCAGUCGGCGUACGCCGUCGAGAUCGGCCGCAGCUAUUGCUUCACGGGGACGGUGGCCCGCUGCGCGGGCGGCGACCACCAGAUCCUCGACGACACGCCCGUGCGGGUGUGUUCGCCGCUGUGGCAGUAUGUCCGCACGGUCGGAAACGUGAUCGUGUCCUACGGCGGAAUAGUGAAUGUGACUCGCGAGCAGGUCGCCAACUUGACGGAUCCGUUUGCCGGUCAGAAUGUGACGCUGCCGAACAGGGCGGCGGGGGGGUUCGCUGGCGCGGGGAAUGGGUGGUUGACCGGGCUGGUGGUUACGGUUAUGGUCGCGAUGUAA